CUGAAGCUAGCACACAGGGUUGGCAUGUAUCAAAAUAAUUAUCUGUCAUAGUAGGCGUGAGUUGAAUACAGCUCGAAGAUCGCUGUCGUUAAGCUUCAGGUGCAUAGGGCUAACGGAGGUUAGAAUUUCAUCAAAAUGGGGCUUUGGAUUUUAAGAGUAAGAGAUGUGACUUGCAUGUCUACUAUUGUAUGCAUGCUCCUUGUAUUUCUGUCGGAUGUGCAAGCUGCUAGUUGGGGCUACCUAGAUAAUGAAAAAGGGCCCAAUAAUUGGACAGCAAUUAAUUCAGAGUGCGGCGGUAUAAAACAGUCUCCAAUUGACAUUGUAACUGCCAGUGCCGUGGCCAAUGACUUGGGCGACUUCACCUUGGUUGGCUUUGGAGCAGACGACAUACCAGUCAAUGCAUCAAUGAGGGUGGUGAACAACGGCCAUGUAGUGGAAGUGGUCAUGACGGGAGAUUAUCUCGUAAGCGGAGCUGGACUGGGGCCAACGGCUUACAAAGUUGCGCAGUUUCACUUCCAUUGGGGCAGUGUGAACUCUCGAGGCUCGGAGCACACCGUAGAUGGGAAGGCCUAUGCAGGGGAGUUGCACAUUGUUUGUUACAAGACAAAAUAUGAGAAUUUCCUCACUGCUUUGAACGAUGCAGAUGGUCUGACGGUCCUGGGAUUCUUCCUAAAUGUUCAUGCAGAGGACAAUCCAGCUCUUGCAUCACUGUUUGAUUCCAUCUCCGUGAUCCAGUUUGAGGAUGACGUAGUUCCCCUCUCAUCACCUAUUGUCUUCAAGAGCUUCCUCCCAAGUGACCUGUCAACGUUCUACCGCUACAGUGGUUCCCUGACCACGCCGCCUUGCUUUGAGAUCGUCACCUGGAAUGUCUUUGCCUCGCCCAUUAUGGUAUCCGAAGCACAGCUGACUGCAUUGCGCAGACAGUAUGCCAACGAACCUGAUGCAUUGGCCAACAUCGCCCUGAAAGACACCUUUCGUCCUGUCCAGUCUCUCAGUGAUCGCACCAUCUACGUAAACACGAAAGCGAGUGCGUCCACCGAAACAAAGAGCCCUGCUUCCUCUGCACCACGCCUGUUUGCAUCCUGCUGGCUCGUCGCCAUGGUUAUUGCUAAGGUUGUGGUUUUAACAAUGAAAUAAUUCGCAAAGCCUGUUUCAGUCUUUUCUGCAUUUAUGCUUUUACACACGACUGAGCUUUAGAUCUCAGCAUGGGACGCAUUGAUUACUUUUACUGCAUUAUUUAGAAUUGUGGGAGUAAUUAUUAUUCAUAAAUACUUAAGACAAUUUAGCCAUUUAUAUUGGUGGAGGGUCUGUCACAUGGCUGUAGGGCUGAGUUAGUUCGAAUAAUUCCUAUUCGAAUAUUCGAUCUUCAAUUUGAUCGAAUGUCGCACCGACCGGCAGAUUGUUGAUGAACAAACUAUUACACAAAAUCAAUUGCAAUAUAACACACACCGAUAUAAUAGCUUCACAUAUCUAGGAGUAUCUCCAGCCACGAGAGAUGAACAAGACUUCUUUCCCUGUUGAAAAUUUCUAUUCCUUU